AUGCUCCUUGCUGUUCAUGUUAACGUCGAGAGGACGGACCUCUACAUGCAAGGCUGCGGCGUCACAUACUCGUCGGAUAAGUUGUUCAAGCCUGAGACGGCACAACUUUACAACGGUGAUGGGCAGUCGCAGUUCGGCUGCAAGAUUGACCUUCAUGCUGCCAAAGAAGCGGCGUUCUACUGCCCGGCGCCGUAUGUCCUGGACCCACCCAACUGCUUCAGCCAGGUCUACAUGGACGGUGAAGUUAACAACACAGGUGACCUAAGCAUGUCGUUGGUUUCUUCGCAUUCCAACCACUUCGUCAUCCUGCAGUUCGACGAUUCACUCGUAGGACCAGGGGAGAAGCUGCGCCAGACGUCGCCACUGGAGUGUCGUUGCGUCACCGUCAAGGGUAUCGUUCUCUCCAGUAUACAGAUCGUGAACUAUUACGCCAAGCAGUGA